AUGAAAUUUUCUUUAUUUUUAUUGAUACGAGGUGCGCUAAAAGCUAAUGAUUAUAUACUUACAAAGGAUUUUAUAAAACUUUCUGUUCAUUCUGGGACUGGAGGAAAUGGGAUUUUAAGAUAUAAUGGAAUUGGUGGAAAUGGGGGAUCUGUUUUUGUUAGAGCAAAUGAUAAAAUUACUUUUGAGGAAUUUUGUGAACAAUUUGAGGAACGUCCAGAAUUAAAAGCUGAACAUGGCCAACAUUCGAAACAAACAAAAUUAAUUGGGAAAAAUGGGAAAGAUUCUGUUUGUGUGGAAAUUAUUAAUCAAGAACACAAUAAACUUUUGGCUCGAUGCUCAGGGAAUAAACAAAGAUAUUUAUUGGCGAGAGGGGGAAAGGGUGGCUGUGCAGAUAAUGAUUACAGAGGUAAAAUUGGUGAACAUUUAGAUGUAAGUAUUCAUGUCAAAUUACGUCCAAAUAUUGGUUUAAUUGGCUAUCCAAAUGCUGGAAAAUCAACAUUAUUAAAAUCUUUAAUACCAAGUGGACCUAAUAUUGAAAUAGCUUCUUAUCCAUUUACAACAGAAAAACCACAAGUUUGUUUUCUUGAUUAUGAACAAACAAGUUUAGAAAGAAGAGAAGAAAAGAAUUCUUCCAAAGAAUUGAGAAUUUUACAGCCUCUCGAAAAUACUCAAAAACAUUCUGUUAAACCAUUUCACGUUUCUCUUUCAAUUGCUGAUUUACCUGGAAUUGUUAAAGGAGCUUCACAAAAUUUAUAUAACGGAUUAAGCUGUUUAAAACAUUUGGAAUAUUCUGAAAUAAUUUUGAUGGUUGUGGAUGUUCAUGGAUUUAGACUUGAAUUAGAUGAUAAAUUAAUGUAA